GUGAAGCGUCGCUAGGCAUGCUGGGAAAAGCACUGGAGCCACAUGGUUUUCUCGUGUACUGUAGUCUGCAGCCGGGGAUAAGUGAGAGCGGAACUCAGUGGAACCGGAGAAUAUGCCUCGGAGAGGAAGACGAGUGGAGGUAGAAGAUGAUUCUCCUACACCUAGCAAGUUACCGCAUCCCAGCAAACCACCUCUGGACUUUACCUCACCCCAAAGUCUUUUUGAAAGUUUUAUUGCCCCAAUGACAAGUGAGGAAUUCUUCAAGUCUUAUUGGGAGAAGAAGCCUUUGCUGAUCCAGCGGAGUGAUCCUGACAUACAGAGUUACUACCAGUCUCUGUUUCCCAUGACUGACCUAAAACUCGCUUGUGGGAAAGGCAUUCACUAUGGGCGAGACGUGAACAUGUGCAAAUGCAAAAAUGGAAAGAAAAUCCAGUUACCAAGACGAGGAAAAGCCAGCUAUCUGGAGAUAUUAAAAGACUUCAGAAGUUCCAGGGCAACGAUCCAGUUUCAUCAACCACAGCGGUUCAAUGACAAGUUAUGGCAGAUCAUGGAGAAGCUGGAGUGUUUCUUUGGCACACUGGUUGGAUGCAAUGUGUAUAUCACACCAUCUAGCUCUCAGGGCCUGCCACCACACCAUGACGAUGUUGAGGUUUUUAUCCUUCAAGUCGAGGGAGAGAAGCACUGGCGCCUGUACGAGCCUGUCUCCCAGCUAGCGAGAGAAUACGACGUGUCGCCGGCGGACAAGGUCACUACUCCCACUCAUGACAUCCUAUUAAAGGAAGGUGAAAUGCUGUAUUUUCCCAGAGGAACGAUUCAUCAAGCGGACACCCCUGCCAGCUCCUCGCACUCCACACAUGUGACCAUCAGCACCUACCAGAACAACUCCUGGGUAGAUUACCUGCAGGACCUGAUGCCUGCUUUACUGCAAGAUGCUGCAAAGGAAAAUGUGGAGCUGCGGAAAGGCAUCCCCCGUCAACAGUUACUGUGCCUGGACCCAAGCGGAGCAGCUGGCACCCUCAGUGGUCUCGUGUCGAAUUUAGCCAAGAGGAUAGAGGGCAAGUGCCAACUGCGCUCAUGUGAAAUGCUGCGGGACUUCAUGGGGAACAGAUUGCCACCUUAUCUGGAUGAGGAUUCCUCAAAUCAGGAGAAGAACGGAACAAAUAGGAAUCCAGAUGGCCCGCCAAACCUCAACAGCACAAUCAAACUUCAGUACAAAGAUUAUGCAGCCAUGACUGUAGACUACGUUCCAGAAACGCUGAAGCCCUCAGAAGAGUUAAUGAUUUACGUCUUCCAUGCCGUGAAGAAUGAGCGGAAAACGCACAUGGUGUCGGACAAUGAAGAAAGCCCUCCUGUGAGCGGUAUACGUUUCCCACUUUCCUACAUGGACGCACUGAAAGGCUUGUGGGAGGAUAAGUCGGUGUGUGUUAAGGAUCUACCUCUCGAGAACGACAGUGACAAGGAGAACCUGGCUAUUUCUCUGUGGGCUGAGGGUUUAUUGGAAAUUGUCCCAGCUGAAGGUUAAGCCCUGAGCUUGUCAUCACUACGUUGUACCUACGCUGUCACCAUCGUUAGUAAUAUGUGGUACAAAAAAUAGGAAGGAAAUGUUUUUUUCAUUUUUAUGUGGGAUAAUAUGACUCUGUGAAGAACGAAACCUGGGACUGAUCACUUAUCAUGCCUUUGCACCAAGAUGGCCUGUCUUAAAACUAAUGACCUGGGCAAUGAUAAUGAAGGGGAUUGUGUUAUCCCCCCAGAAGCAGGUUAGCCAGUUGAAUAGGAAAUUUCAGGAGCACAAGUAGAGUGGUUCCGUAAAUGGGAGCUUUAUGUGCUUUUCGUGGGUACAGGGUGCAAGUUUGUUUUAUUAUUAUUUCCUUGACUUGGAAAUAAUGCUAUUUUAGGCAUCGAGAGGGAAUUUGGUUGUCAUUGUCUUGGACCUAAUUGUUAUGGAUUACUUCAUGUGGAUUCUAUAAAGUCCCCUGGUCUGUAUUUCAUGAUCCCUCUCGACAUGCAGCCAUUCACUAGCUACAGCGGUGACCUCCACUGUGUCAAGAGGAACCAGGGAGCAUAGACCAGUGGGGCUGUUUUAAAAAAAAAAAUCCAUUCUGCCCAUUUUCUGAGCAGGACAACACCUUUAAAUUGUAGGCUUGUCUUUGAUGAACGUAGACUGGCACAUCUGUGAGCUGUGGUAAUUCCCCAGUGGAUACCUGUUAUAGGAAUUGCUUAAGGCAGAUUUAUAUGCAGCCAAUUUUCAGGAAGGGACCGUUCCUUCCAGAUAAUUGCCUGAUCAGUGGAGGAAAGAGCUGCAUUUACUUGUGGCGAUCCCCUCCACUGUAUGGGGAUGAAUGAUGACUACUGCUAUCGCUUGUCCUCAUACACAUUCAUUGUUUCUGGGCAGCAGAUCCCCGUUUAUUCUUCACACAACACGUCUAUUCCUGAUAAUCGGCCCCGACAAUUGUGCGGUGUAAAUCCGCCUUUACUUUAUGUGUAGGAGUGAUAAUAGAGAAUGGAAACGGACAAUGACUGUAUGACCGCAGCAUGUGGUUGGGGUGCCAUAGACAGAGUAUGGGCUGCUGUAAGGCCUUAUUCACACAUUGUAGAGCCAUUGUGCCUUACAUUUUCUAUGCAUAUGUCUGCACUUUAA